CUGACAGAGGAAGACUGCACAGAGACGGAGCUCUCAAAACCACGAGGAUGAAGAAGAUUGCGGUCCUGAUUCUGGCGUUCAGCUGCUGCGUAUGUGAAGUACCGGUCAAUGAAAACGAUGCCAACGGCCGCCGGUGCCCCGGGUCCAGCGGCUGCAGCGACAUCUGCUCCCUCACCUCCAUGAGUCAAACCCUGGGGGCGGUGGGACAGAAGGUCGCCCACAUGGCGGAGCAAAUAGCCCUCCUGGAGGCCAAGUUGCUCGACACUAAGAGUGAAGUCCUGGAGCUGCGCAGCCUGACCGCGGGCAAACCUCAGGUGGCCUUUUCUGCGGCUCUCAUGGAGUCCGGCUCCGGAGAAGUUGGACCUUUCACCAUCAAUACGCCGCUUAAGUAUAAGAAGGUCUUCUCCAACAUUGGGAGCAGCUACAAUCCUUCAACAGGUAUCUUCACAGCUCUGGUGGGCGGGACGUACUUCUUCCGAUUCUCGAUGUUCAACAACCUCAGUCCGACCCCCAACUCCGUCGUGAGCCUCAUGAAGAACGACGAGGUCCUGGUGUCCGUCACGGACACUGUCGGCACCGACAGCAACGACAUGGGAAGCAACGCCGUGGUCAUCGCCCUGCAGCCGGGAGACAACGUGUACGUGGACCUGCAUGCCAACAAGAGGGUCUACGACGACGGCCCUUCGCACUACAACACCUUCGGAGGCUUCCUGCUCUUCGCGGCGUGAUCUGCGCGGGUCUUCAGAGGGUCACCGGAAAACCAAAUUGAGGGAUUUGUGCUGAGUCAACAGGGAAAUUGGGAAAUGCGACAGCAAUUUGUUCAAGAUAUUGCAUUAAUAAAGAAAUAGGAAGCUUU